AUGUCUUAGUAUCGGCCAUAAAGAAACAAUGUAUCUCGAACACACUAACCUUAAAAAUAAGAUAGUUCAUUGUAGGAAAGUGAUAAUCAACAUCUUUAAAAUCCAUAAUUUACUCAAGAGUAAAAGUAAAGAAAUUAUACAAAAUAACUAUUUUUAUAGUACUCUUCCAAGAAGUACUUAUAGAACACCAGAUGCUAGAGUAAAUCACUUUGAUGGGAUAUCAAAUGAAGAAAUUUAUAAGAAAAAGUAUAUAAUAACUUAUUCUAGAAUAAAUGAAUUACAAAAAUAAAAUGAUGAUUUAAGAGAAAAGUAUUUAUAAUUAUCUAGUGAAAAUUAAAUGAUUAUCUAAGAAUAAAGAGAGGAAAUAGAACAAUAUUAAAAUGAGGUAAAUAUUUUGAAAGAGUAAUUAAUGUAAUAUGAAAUUGAGAUAAAAUAAUUAAAUGAAAUCAAUUAAUCUUUAAAAUAAGAAAUUAGUGAUUGGGAAGGUAUUUAUUAACAUUUAUUUAACAAUUUAUAGAUGGUUUUGAUAAAUUAGAAUAAGAUUAUAAUAAUAAACUAAAAAUUGAAGAAGAUUCAUAAAAAAUACUUGCAGAAGUUUAAUUAUUGAAUGAAGAGAAUCAGAAUUUGUAAGAUGAACUAUAAGUAAAAGAUAAAUUAUAUAAUCAAUGCAAAUAAUAAUUAUAAAGUCUCUAAAUAGAUUUGAAUUAAUUAUAAUAAGAUAGUUAAUACAAUUAAGAAUUAUUGAAUUAGAAAGAUAAAGAAAUCUAUGAAUUAUAAUAAUAAUUAGAAAGAGAUAAGGAACUUUUAAGAAAACAAUAAGAAUUUUCUAAUAAAGUAAAAAAAUAUAUUCUAUAAUAUAGUAAGAUCUCUUAACUAAAGAAAUUUAAAAGUUGAAUCAACAAUUAAAACAAUUAUAAAAGGAAAACCAAGAUUUGAAGAAUGAUAAAUAAUUAAUUUCUUAGGAACUUCAAGAAAAUAAAGUCAAUCCUGAAUAUUUAACUAAAAUCAAUCUUUUGGGAUAGGUAUAUCAAUUCUAUAAUAUAAGGAAGUUGAAAGAUUAAAUAAUACUUUAGCCUUAAAGAGUCGUGAACUCAAUGAUUAGAAAGCAUAAAUCUCUAGAAUGCAAAAAGAAAUCUAAAAUUUAAGAAUGAAUGAAUUCAAAUUAUAAGAAAUGAAUAUGAGUUUGGAUAAUUUAAUUAACUAAUAUAAUAAAUUGAAAGAUGAUAAUUAAAUCCUCAAAUAAUAAAUGGCUUAAAAGUAAAUUAAAGUAAAUUAAGAAUUGGAUAAAAAAAUAUAAUUACUUUAAUAAGAAUCUGAGAAACUUUCUUAAUAACUCAAUUCUAGUAAAAAAGAGAAUGAUUAUCUAAGAGAAUAAUUAAAUAUAUAAUAAUAAUUGGAAGAUACUAAUAGGUUAUUAAAAUAAUAAGUAGAUAAAUUAUAAAUGUAAAUCUAAUAGUUAGAAAGUGAUAGAUAAAGUUUAAUGCAGGAAUAUCAACUAUUAUCAAAUAGUUAUAAUAAUUAAAAGUUUAAUUAUUCCUAAUUACUUUAAGAACAAUAAGAAAAUAAUGAUUCAGUAUAGUAUAUUAAAUAAAAAAAUAUAGGUUUUCCAAUUAAAAAAUGAAAUCUAACGAUUAUAGAAAAUAAUGUAAGAUACAGUUGAAAAAAACCAUAAUAAUAACACUUUAUAAGAGAUUGUCAAUUAAUAAUAAAAAGAAUUAGAAGCAGCUAAUAGAUAAAUUCCUUUAUUGAAAUAAACAAUUUAAAAGUUAAAAAAUGAAUUAGAAAUAACAAAAGAGUUCAUCACUGAAAAUAAAUAUGAAUAAUAAUAAUAAUAACCUUUAAUAUAAUAGGAUUAAAAAUUGAUUGAUAAAUUAUAGAAGUAUGAAAUAAGGUUUCCUCAAUUAGUAGAAGAAAUUGAGAGACUUAAUAGAAUAUUGACAGAGAGAAAUGAAGAAAUUUUGAUUUAUUAAAAGAAUUCUUUUUAAUAGGAUUAAGUAUUUGAGAAGGUAAGUGCAUAUGAAGGUGAAAUUGAAAGAUUAAGAUAAACAAUUCUUUUAAAAUAAUAAACAAUAGAUUCAUUAUAAUAAUAAAAAGAGAAUCCUGGAGUUUAAGAUAUAAUUUUUAAAUUGUAAGAUGAAAAUAGAAGAUUAACAAAUUUAGUAAAUGUUAGAAAUAAUGAAAUAGCAGAACUUAAAUUUAAAUUAUCAGAAUAUGAAUAGAAACAAAAAUUAUUAGGAGAAUCUAAUUCUGGAAAAUAUGAAUUAUAAAAUUUAAAAUUAAAUUAAGAAAUUGAUUAAUUGAAUUAGAAAUUGUUAGAGGCUAAGAAUGAGAUAAGUUUAUUGAAAUUGACUAAAAAUGAUAAAUUCAAUGAAGAAAGAGUAAAAGAUUUAAUAAAUGCUUUUAGGGGAAAGUAUUGACAUAAGAAUUAGAUAAGUAGAUAAGAAUAAAUAAAGAUAAUGAAAAAGAAUUAAUGAGUUUAAGAUCAAAAUUUGCAGAAGUUGUAGAUGCUGAAAGAAAAUUGAUUGAUUGCAAAUGUCUAUUAGUUUUAUUAUAUAAUGAAAUAGAACGAUUGAAUUAAGAAAAAGAAAAUGAUAAUUUAUUAGUUUGA